GGCAGCCAACCGGCUUGUGCGCGUGUCCUUGGAGUGAGCUAUAAAACCUACGCUGGUGGUGCACUACUAGAGUGAGGAACCCUGGACCCCGAAGAAGGCAAGAGUUGUCAACCUCCAGUGCAAAAAGUCUCCUUUGGAGCAAAACUCAAGAGCGAAGCGUAGCUAUGCAGAGUGCGAUGAGCUUGAGUCGCCAGCCCUUGCAGCUUCUACUUGGCUGGACAUUUCUGGUCCUCCUCCUCCUGGGACAGGUUUCAGGAACUGAGCACUGUAGCACCCCAUGCCCUGCCUCAUGCCCAGUGACACCAACCUGCACCCCCGGAGCGAAGGUGGUGAGGGACCACUGCUCCUGCUGCCUGGUGUGCGCCCGCCAGCGCGGGGAGAGCUGCUCUGAGAUGCACCCCUGCCUGGAGAGCAGCGGCCUCUUCUGCGACCGCAGCGCCGACCCUAGCAACCACACUGGCAUCUGCAUGGCUAUAGAAGGAGAUAACUGUGUGUUUGCUGGGAUCAUUUACCGAAGUGGAGAGACAUUCCAGCCAAACUGCCAAUUCCAGUGUACCUGUCAGGAUGGGCAGGUGGCCUGUGUGCCCCGCUGUGAUGAAGAUGUACUUAUGCCUGGCCCUGAAUGCCCAGCUCCAAGAAAAAUUAAAGUGCCAGGAGAAUGUUGCGAAAAGUGGAUCUGUGACUUAAAUGGCACAUCACCAGACUUCUUCACUCUUCCAGCCUACAGGUCAGAAGUCACUGUAGGAGUUACAGUCCCUGACUCAGGUGUCAACUGCAUUGAACAGACUACAGAGUGGAGCGCAUGUUCUAAGAGCUGUGGCAUGGGUAUUUCUACCCGAGUCACCAACAAGAACCAGCAGUGUGAGAUGGUAAAGCAGACACGACUCUGCAUGGUCCGGCCCUGUGGACAGGAACACAACCAACCAACGGAAAUGAAAGGAAAAAAGUGUCUCCGGACCACUAAGUCACCCAAAGCCAUUUACCUGCAUUUUGAGAACUGCACAAGCCUGAAUACCUACAAACCCAGGUUCUGUGGAAUCUGCAAUGAUGGUCGAUGCUGUACCCCCCACAACACCAGAACCAUGAAAGUGGAUUUUGAGUGUUCACCAGGAAAAGUCAUCCAGAAUUCAGUGAUGUUGAUCCGGACCUGCACUUGUCAUUCCAACUGUCCACAGAACAAUGAUGCCUUCCUACAGGAAUUAAAGCCAAAGACCAGCAGAGGGGGAAUGAAACGUGCACCUUGAGAAGCACUGCUACAGAGGAAAACCGUAGCUAGCUACUGAAUGACCAUCAUCAAAUAAGCAUAAACAUUAUGAACAAUUACUUUUUCACCCUAUUCCUGUGUUUCCCCCUCUGUGGUUCUAUGAGACCAGUUAUGUCUGCCUUUUUUAGAGAAACAUAAGAUUAACUGUAAUCAUAAAACCCAAGUAAGCUCAGGAUGUAGCUUUAGGAUGACUAACUUUUCUGUUGUGUUUUCCGCAAAUGAAAAGUUCUAUAAAGUUAAGCAAUCAGAUAUAGGUGUUACAUUGUUACAGUCACCUUAUAAUGUUUCAUAUCUCAAGAGAAUAUUAUUGGAGGAAACAACACAGUGAAGUUCAGAACCAUACUGAAAAUGUUGCAAUUGAAAUGUUUCCACCAUAUAUUAAGAUUUGACUUAAGGAGUUUCUGCUGAGCUCUCUUUUUUGAGUAAAUCAACUAUAAAUUCCCAAGGGUAAAAUCUGAGAAAAUAUGUAGCUCUUUAACUGAAAUCCAAAGAAGUUGGUUUUCUGCUUAGUUUCACAAUAGAAAACAGAGCAUACCUACAGUAAAGGAAUGUCGGUUAAGUGGACUGGUGUCAUGAACAUAAUCCAUUAAAAAUUGGAUUUCUUUCCGAUAGAAAGAAGCUAACAGAAGAUUCCUGGUAAUACAGAGAUGAUGGGCCUGGCUAGUCCUCAUGUACUGGUAUCUGCUUAACUGCUUAAGCUUGCUAGUUUUUUCAGUUCACAAAAAUCAGAGCAUAUCAGCAGAGUGCCUCUCUUCUUACUGAUGAGCAGACUGAGGUCCAAGCACCUGACUAUAAACUUUGAUGACCUUUAAAUAUGCCUCAAGUAGAAAUUUGGGGAAAAAAUGGGCAAAAAAUCUUGACUGGGGGUUUAGAAAGCAUGGUUUGAAUCUAAGUUCAUAGCUUGUGUGCAUGCACACAUACACACACAUAUGUACACACACACACACACACACACACACAGAACAAAAUAGCCAUAACUCCACAACUACUUGUGAUAAAAUAGCACAAUUUUUUCAAGGGUUAUAAUUAUUGUAGGCAUGUCCAGAAUUCUUGGAUCAUAGUUAUGCAGACUCACAAGCAAGAUGUAUGUGUAGAAAUAUAUAUAUGUGUCUGAUUUGCCAGGCUACAAGAUAGGAUGCAGACUAAAGAAAAUACAUUCUUAUAAUAUCACCAAGUGUGUUUUGCUUUUCUCAGUUAUUUAUAUCGACAUAAAUUAUGUAAAAUGUUCUUUUUACUUUCUGUUCUUGUUAGACAUCACUAAAUAAACAUUAUCUUUAUUGGUGUGUGA